AUGAAAUUUACAACAAUCAUCGUCUUUCUGAUUUCUGUGGUGGUAGCUAGACAUAAUUAUAGGACAUUCCUUAAGAGUUUAUUGAAAUCUAAGGGUAACUUAUACACCAAAGUAGACAACGACGUUCAAAAUGUAAUGAAUAAUCUUUUUGAGUCACUCAAUUUGACGGCUGGAUUUGUCACAAGAUCAAGAAUCAAAUCGUUAUUGACAAUGCAUUAUGAUUUAAAAAGUGCAGCAGAGAAAAAUUACGAUGUGCACGAUAUAAUGGUAGCAGCUGCCAAGCCAAAUAUAUCCGAAAGUAGCAGUGCAAACGCAAUACGAUUAUUUGAAGUUGUAGAAAAAAUAUUAGAUGAUACCUUUAAUUAUUCUUCUAGAUUCAAAGUGCACAAAAAAUUACGUAAGCGCCCAAAACAUAAAACAAGCAAAAUUGCGAACAUCACUUUGACAGAUGCAACGAACGCUCUAAAAAAUCUAUCCAAGCCCGUAUUUGCCGACAGAAAAAAGCUACGUAAACGCAAGAAACAUAAAACAAGAAAAGCAGCAAAUAUCACUUCUAUAGAAACACUGAACGCUCUUCAAAAUAUAUCCGAGCCUGUAUUUGCCGACAGCAAAGAGUUUCAACAAUUCAUUCAUGACUUUUUAAGAAAAGUCGAUAAUAUAAGCGAGAAUGAUUUCGUUAAGUCUUCAACACCAAAAGAUGUGGAAGACAUUGUUGAUGUUCCUAAUCUUGAAUUGUGGCAACCGCCGGCAGUGCUGGAACUAGAUCUCGUAAAUGAUUCCGAUAGCCGGAGGAUUUUCAAGGGGGAGAGGACCAGAAUAUUGAGCUACCCAUUCGUCGUGAGCGUCCACCUUAUGGGUACCUUUGUAUGUGCCGGAUCUCUUCUCACUAAGAAUCUAGUCAUCACCGCAGCUUCUUGCUUGCAAUUACUUCACAACAACAGAUUCUAUAGAGAGAACCCCCGAGGUCUGUUCGUACGUGUCGGCAGUGACUACUCCUCCGUUGGCGGAGAGAAGAUAUCCAUCAUGGAAGUGUUCUUCCACGAUGCCUAUGAUCCAAAAACUUUAAAUCACAACCUUGUGCUUCUCCGGUUAUUCAAGGAUCUCAACUUCCGAAAGAAACAGAAAAGAAUCAAGAGGAUAAGUUAUGAAAGGUCCACCGCAAAUCUAGCCUCCAACAUUGAGAAAGUUAUUAUAGUCGGUUGGGGUAGUAGGAAGCGAUCCAAUAAAGUUAAUCCGUUGCAAAAGAUGCUGGUGGCACAAUUAAGUGUAUAUGCAGUUAAUGAAUGUGCUGAGAUUUACUCUAAGAAAUUCGUCACACACAAGCAUUUCUGCGCCGGUUACAUAUCGACUGGAGAGGGAGCGUGCAACAAAGACGUGGGCGGGCCAGGAAUCGUUGGUGGUGUACUAGUAGGCGUGGUCAGCUUCGGUCCUACUCUCUGCGGGGCCUUGGACUCUCCCACAGUGUUCACCAAACUCGGCUACUACGCCCCGUGGAUCGACGGCAUUAUUGAGACGACGACUGUAAGUGUCGAUGUGCGGACUACGUUGUACCAUUUAAGCACAGUACCAAGACCCCUGAUUUACGACGAGCUAGUGACAAGAAACCUGAUCACUCCGAUAUAUAGUCGGAGCAGACUGGCUGAUAAGGAACAUGGACCAGUACUCGAUGAACUAAAAUGGACUGACGACCCCAAUUUCCAAGAUAUAUGGUAUGAAGAUUUUACUGAAGAUAUAAUGGGUAUGUUCAAUACAACUACAACCAAGUUAAAUCCUAUGCAACAUCCACUGGUGAAUAAGAGUUUGUAUCCGGUACACGAGAUUAACACGCGUAAAACGGUGUCAAAAUACGUGACCAUUCCCUUGACGACAUCGUCCACUGAGUUACCACUUCCACCGCAGUUCACGGAGCCCGGGCCCACCACCAUACCACCGUCCCGCACGCCGCGCUCCACCACAGAGGGUCACAUUACUGACAUAAUAACUGGGAUGCCAGAUGAGACCUUCGAACAUAUAGACACCGAUGAGAUUACAACAGCACUUGUGCUUCCGCUAAGAGGUGCCAAUGAUUCGUAUGAGGACAGUUACACUGUGGCAGAGAAUUGGACUGAAGCCACUCCUCACCAGCAUAAACACAAAAAAUUUUUUGCUACCACAAAGCAUAGUUAUUAUUACUUGUAUGACCAAUAA